ACAAUACAAAUUGAAGUAAGAAAUGUAAAAUAAAUAUGCAUAUUUCUAUAGGCUGUUUUUAGAUUGUUUGGAUUAGAUUAAAAAUAAUUCCAAUUGGAUACUGCUCUUGUGUUGUUCUAGUAAUAUUUGUAAUAUGAGGUUAUACGUGUAAAUACUGCUGCUGUGACAACUGGAUUCAAUGCAUUAAUGAAUUUGUUUUUAAAUAAGCAAACAGCAGGUCUGGUCCGCGCAAGAAAAAAAAAAACAACAAGCCCAAAACAAAACGGUUUGAUCAGAUUGGGAAAAACGAGCUUUUCGAUAGAUGUUUUCCGGCUCGAUUGACGAGCCUGACAUCGCGAGUGCUGCCGAUCGACUACUCUCGCCUGCUUGUUUACAAUUUCUGUUGACAUUUAAGCCACUCGCGGCACUCUUUUUCAAAAAAUAAUAAAAGACGCUGCGAUUUUGCAUUUUUUGGCCGAACAAUUCGCAUCGCGUGGGUUUUUGGCGCGUGCUUUACUUUGAGCCAUCUGUCUUUUGUUGCUUGGAUCGCGAUCUUUUUUUGUUUGUUUUGUUUUUGUUCCCCCUCCCUCUGGUUUUAGCCGCUAGAUGCUAGCUAGCUAGCCAGCUAGCUAAGGUCUAGCUAGCUAACAAUGACGGCGACUUGCGCCGGCGGCCUGAGCGCUAAAGGGCUGGACAUCAGCCUGGCCGCUUUGCAGAGACACGACCCGUACAUCAAGAGCAUCGUGGACGUGGCCAGCCAGGUGGCCCUCUACACGUACAACAACCGGGCCAACGAGUGGGAGAAGACGGAGGUGGAAGGAACUCUAUUCAUCUACACGAGGCUGGCUUCUCCCACGCACGGCUUCACCAUCAUGAACAGACUCAGCAUGGAGAACCUGACCGAACCCAUCACCAAAGACCUGGACUUCCAACUCCAGGACCCCUUCCUGCUCUACCGCAACGCACGGCUCUGACCCAGCAGGAGCAGGCGGUGGGGCAGGAUGGCUGGCUGCCCCCAGACGGAGGUGCGGGCGGCGUCCAAGGCGAAGGGCAGGCGGUGGACAUCAUCCAGAUGCUGACCAAAGCUCACAGCCAGUACGAC